UAUAAGAAGAAAUGUCAUAUUUAGAAUUUUUCAUGCCUGCUACGUAAAAACUAUACAAGAGACUGAUAAAUUAUUAUUGUGUCUGACGCCGUUUUUUCCCAAGGAUUAGGUAGGACUUUGCUAUAACUAAAUACCAUGGUGGUUCUGAUCCAGGAAAUAAGUAGCACUUCCCUUUUUCGUCGCAUUAAUUAAAGUCAUGUUUAAGUCUUACAUACUGACGGUUUAUGCAUUCAAGUAUUAGCUUAUUUUUUUCUCUCAAUUAUGCAUCUGUUCGCAUGUUACUUUUCUUAAACACCAGGCUAAGAUUCCUUGCUUUAUAUUAAAUCUAAAUGUUUUAUUUAAGCUACUUCAAUAUGAUUGUUGCAUUCUAAACUGCAAUGUAUAUAGUCACAAGUAAACAUUAAUUUGUUAAGCUACAGUAUGUCAAAUUUUCCGCCAAAAGCAUGUUAAUUUUUGAUUGAUAUCUUUAAAACGAGAUUUAUGCGGUCCUUUUCUUGGUUAAAUAAAUUGCAGUGGACCAAAAUCUGUUAUGUAUUCCAUUUGAUUCACUGGAUAUUUUAAAUGUCUAAUUCCUGUGAAUUCCAUGAAACUCCCCGGAGAGCCAUGGAAUAAUCGGUGGAGUAGUUUCUAUGGAAUUGCAUGGAACUUUUCCAUGGAAUUCAAUAGAAAAUGUCCUAAUCCUCCAUGGAAAAUGUCAUUGCGGAAAUUUGACUUAGUUAAGAUAUUUCUGAGCUUCAAAGACAUAGUGGUGACAUAUAACAAGAAAACCAAAGUAGUCACCAAAAUUACCCAACCCAACAUUUAGUUUACCUCCCUCUUUAAGCCCAUGUUCAGUUUUGAACUAUGAUACUGAUAAUGAAUCAACAACAAUAACUUUAAGCAACUAUACAUAAAUACUGCCAAAACAGGUACUUUCAUAAGGCCAACAGAGCCACAUACUGACGUUUUAGCCUUCGCUCCCAGAUUAACUGAGUUACUCCCCCAUCCAUUUAUGUUGCUUGUGUUAAGUGUAAUAAGAAGAUUGAGAAUGAGAACAAGUCAGAUAUAAUAACUCGUAAUAAUAUUUUAUUGUAAUAUGCAGCAGAUGAAAGACUUCUGUCCUGCUCAGUAUUAUGUUCAACUAUUUUUCCUCACCAAACCAAAAAGGGAAAAGCUCUCCCUUAUACUUUUGGACCAAGUAAUCACACAGCUGUUUUCCUGAAAUGCUAUGACUGAUGUCACCGAAAGUUGAGUUAGUUAAAGAUGAACUUCUCACUUACACUAACAACAUUAAACUACUUAUCACAAGGCUAGGUCAGUUCAAAUUUAAUAUCUCCAACAAGUGUCAUUUAGUAACGUUCAUAAAAAAAUACACCUCUUCAACUGGCGUACAUACUGUCUUUGGCCUAUUCGAAUUCCAACUAACAGCAGCACUUCCUUUCUCAAUGACAACUUCUAGUUGUACCUUUCCAUCAAUUAUUGCAGCCUAUUGAGAAUUGAAUCAAAUGGUAGGCAUGGGCUAUUGUUGGUAGGGGGCUGUAACAAACUCAAGAUGGGUUUUGUUCAACCAUGUCAAGAAUUUUAGAGUCUGAGGUAAUGGUUUUCCAAGAACAUAGAAAAUAUUUAAGCCUGCCAGCAACUUGCAAUUUUCUGUCCCCUACCUUAACAUUCUGGUCAUGACUCGGUUCUGGUUCUUGUUGUUAGUGUUUCCCCCUUUCUUGUUGAGAGGAGGCGAUGGUAGUUUUUUGGUGGCCCAGAGUAAGUAAUCUCACUCCUCUACCUGCCUUGGGACCUGUCUGAAAAGCCACCAUUCCUAGAUCUUUUCAAACUAGGCUUUGAACACUUGCUUUUCUUUAAAGUGGUACGAUUGGUAUCAGUCAUAUCCUUUAUUGUGUACCCAAAUAGCUCAGUUUUAAUGGGAUGGAUGGGGCACAAAGGUUGCGGUUGCUUGUGUGCAGCUCUGGUUUAAGAGCCCCUAUCCACCUGAUCUGUAAUUCUACAUUAGCAUUAGCCAUCAAGAGAACACCACGAAUGAGUCUAUUAACCAUCUGAUGCUUUGAUAUCAGGAGUGCUAAUCAGGUCAUUCAUAACCAGCACAACAGCUGUCGUACCUUUGAAAAUAGUCAAUUGUGUUAAUUUUAUUUUAUAUUCCAGUUUAUGUUGUUCAUACUAUUACAAUAAUCUGAUUUAACGCAAGUAAAACACUCUUUGCCGUUAUUUUUGCUAUCAAUAUAACUUUAUACAGUUUGUCUCUUUCCCUCUUAUUAACAGCUUCAAAAAAAACUGAAAACGGUAAUUUACCAACUUGAUAAUCCUUUCUCUCGGAAGUCAUAGAGGUUCCAUAGAGGAAUGUGAAUAUAGUGCUGACGUUUUGUGUUUAGCAUUGUAAACCUUUCUUGAAUUAAAGCUUAAUUUUUACCAUCUCUUUUCUUUCCACGAACAGCUGGAGAAACUGGAGAAACUUCAGCAUGUUCAACGUCGACAGUUGAAGACAAAGAAAGUGGUAAGUUAA